AUGGAUAGUGCUGUGACGCCUCACCUUACACUCUAUACUCAAGUCUCGAUGUCAGAAUCAGAAGACAAUUCCCAGCUCAAUUUCUUUAACUUUGGUGCAUGGAAUAGUGGAUGCAACAUGGAACUAAUCAAUAAUGAUAUUUGGCCCUUAAAUUCAGGCCCAUUUCUUGCUCAUUCAAAACUUAGUGGCCUAGGUCUUUCAACUGUUAAUAAACAACCAGAAAAAUUAUCUGGAGAUUCCAAAUUUGACAGUACAAAUUCCCUUUCUUGGUCACCAAACAACCCUCUUUUGCGACCUCCAAAUAAAAUGUCUAUUUGGUCAAGUGGUUUGCACUCAUCGGAGAUGAAACCUUCAGGAGCUUCCAACCCAUUAUGGGGAAAUUUAACCAAUCAAAAUGACCCACUUGUUUCAGAAGAUAUAUGGGAUUCAUCCCAUGACCCAAUAUUUCACAUGCCUAGAAUUACUAAUGAAUUAGAUUCUUGGAAGCUGGACCAUCCUCAGUGUCUUGGAUCACCAACAGAUGCACCUACAACUGUCGGCGAUUCUGAUCUCGUUAACAGUCACAGGACUUUGGAAUUACCUCAAUCCAACAACAAUAGUAAUAGUAACCUCCCCGACGUUACCGCAAUGCUUUCUGGAUUAACUGUUACGCCCAGAAAUUCUGACGACUCAACUGCUCAUACUAAAACAGCCAUAGGCUCUGCCAAUGAAAAUGAAUCGACAAAUCAGGCAUUUUCAACAGAACAAUUAUGUGACCGAUUAAUCAACACUAAUGAAGGUUGGGGUCGAAGACCUAUUGACCAAGCAACACCAUGGGAACCACUGGAUUCAAAGUUGAAUGACCAAAUAAAUCGUAGUGGUAUUACGACACCUACACCAGGUGCCUGCUCUUCUGGAUAUUUGUCUGGGAAUUACAAGAUGCCCUCACAAGCUCACACAUCCGAUUCCAAUGUAUGGACUAGUGAACCACCAACAGGGACAGGGAUAUGGGAAAUGCAUUAUGAAAGCCUAGGUGGUCGUUCAGCUGCUUGGCAAACAGAGUCACAGUCUUCAGUCUUUCGUGACAUGCCAUCUGUUGCUCAAGUUAACCCUAACCAUAUGAUGAAUUCUAGUCUUAAUAUUAAUCCUCGACCUGCUCCACAACUGCAGCAUAAUCGUUCUAGUGAUUGUCGAGAAUGGGAAGAUAAUGAGAGUAGAUUGUCUAAGAACUGGAAUAUCGGCUUAUCAGGCCCUCCCGAUCGCAACAAUUUGUUGUGGAACGCGCCUAUAGGUGUCACAGAUACUGAAGACCAACUCGGUGGAAGUGCGUUGCAUAGAAGACAGCCAGUGACUGUUUCCCAUCCGGAAGCCGUUUGGAAUAGUGCGAAUACUGUUCAUCCGUCCAGUGGUCGCCCGGUGCUCGGUGGAACUCGACCUAUACUCUCAACACAUAACCAACCAGAGGUUGAUACUUGGGACGGUGAUUCAAGUUUUAUGCGAUCUAAUAUAAAUCCAAACGGUGGUAUGGUUUCGUGGGAUACUUCAUCCAAUAGUAUGAUUGGUGCAAAUUGGGGGAAUCCAGGAAACUCUGGUUUACUUAAUUCCAUGCAAACACAAUUGCCUUCUGCUUCAGACGACAUCAGACGUCAGCAUAACUACAUGGGUUCAAUUUCAGUUACUCAGGGAUCUGAUCGACUACAAGUUCAUCCAUACAGCAAUACUUACCGUGCUGAUCUAGUUAAAUAUUUAAUGAGUCAAGGUUUUAAGAAAGAGGAUGCACAUGCUGCACUGAUUGCUUGUAAUAUGGAGCCAGAAAAAGCCUUAUCUGAAUUACGUGAGCGUUACAGCACCAAUAGGACCAUGACACAACCUUCAGAAAUUAAUCGUAAUUACGGAGUUAAUGGUGCAUCAUCAUCAUCAUCGCACACAGGAACAAGAAAUGGACCAAUGCAUCAAUUGUCGAAUGAUACUUCAUUAUCUCAGUUAUCACUUUCAGGAAAUAACUCGACUCCUUCUGCACAAAAUCAUCGUUUAAAGCAGUCAGGACCAUGUGUUACUACACAAAGUAAUACAAACCAAUUACUGUCGUCUAUGCAGCCAGUACCUAAUUCUCAAUUAAUGAGACAACAGAUCACUCAACAGGUUCGCUCUGCAUUAAAUCUUCCACUACCGAAUCCAUUGGGUGUACAAAUAAAUGGAAAUAGUUCAGUAGGUACUUGUGGUGGUUCACUUUUAGGUCAACCACCACCGCCUUCUUUAUCAAAUGUUAACCUGAAUACUCCAAUUCCACCGUCUACGAAUAACGCACAUCCACUCACUGGUGGUGGCGGUGGUGGUUUACCGCCUACAACAACUCUAGGUCCUGCUAAGAAUAUUAACAGUAAUCUAAAUAACAAUAAUACUAAUAAUAAUCGCACACCAAUUGGGUCAGUAGCAGCUUUUAACCAAAAUCCAGCUAAACGGUCACCUCGUCAAUUAUCUAUCAUUAACUCAAUAAUUGAUUUGCAAAAGAAACAUCAGAGCAUUCAGCAUCAAUUGACAGUAUAUCAUAAUAACCCGGCGCUUCGUUCUCAACCUCAGUAUGCUGAUGUGUUUGUUGAGCUACAGGGUCAGAUGCAGCAAAUCGAGACUCAACUUCACGCAAAACGCGCACAGCUUAAUUUAGCUCGCACACAAGAACCAGGAGCACAAUCGGUGGUACGGCCACCAUUGUUACCACCAAAUGGUACUGAUGUUGCCGAUAACUCUUUUCCUGCUAUCGGUACAUGGAUGUCUCCUUCACCAAAUUGUGGGGAGAAUUUCGAUAAAACCUUGACAGAUGGUCCAGGUUCAAAGUCAAAUCAUUUUUCGCGUACUGGAACAACCGGCAAAGCUUCUAAUAAUAAUAAUAAUAGCAGUGGUAGUAAUAACUGGUCACCUACAUGGUCAACAUCAGUCAACAAUACAACUAAUCCCACAAUGCGCACCAAUCAUGCUCAAUGGCAGCAGCACCAGCAAGCUAACAACAGCAACAGUAAUAAUAAUAAUAGCAAUAACAAUAACAGCAGCAACAACUGUCAAAUUCGUCCUAAUUUAGACAAUAACAUAAAUUUUCCGGUGGUAAAAAAUAAUUCUUUAGGUAAUCUUCACGGUGCUAAUGAGAUGCAAGGUCAAUGGUUAUUAGUACAACCACUGAUAGGAUUGCCUGGACCUAGCAUACAUAAUCUACAGAAUAUUUUAUCAACACAUUUCAAACUGACAAGUUUUCAUGUUCUAAAUCCAAAUACAAAUAGUGUAUUAAUUCGCCUUCAUACUAUGGAAGAGACAAUGCAAUUGAUUAAAACUUUCGGUGAUCGUUUAGCUCUUGAACCAUUGUCAGAUUUGGAUGCUCGUGUUCACUUACAACAAAUAUCUCUAAACACUUGUUCAGAUGGUUUGACCUCAUCAUCUAAUCAGUAUAAUGCAUUAUCAGAUAUGCACACCAAUUGGAAUAAUACUACUACUAUGAAUAAUAAUAAUAACGGCCAGUUCUAUGCUUUAAAUUCCAUUAAUAACAACAACAACAAUAGCAAUAAGAAGCCUAAUCAUCAAAUCUCUCGUUUUGGAAUAACCGUAUGCGGAAAUAAAUUAUCGUCAGCAGCAACAACAACAACAAAGGAAAAGUAUUAG